AUGGCUCACCGCGAAGAGGCUCCCUACCGUCCUCAGGAUGCCCACGAGGUGUCUGAGAUGAUCCGCGGCCUGACCAGCCAUAUCAAAGGCAACGGUGGAAAAGGCGGUUUCUCAUGCAAGAAAGCUACUUUCAACGUAGCCAACUCAAACAUCAAAGUCGACUCUUGGAAAAUGCAAGACUGGGACUACAAGAAGCAGAACCUUCCUACUUAUGCCAGAGGUCUUUUCACAACCACAAACUCAAAAGGUCAGCCUGAAAUUGUUACCAGAGGUUACGACAAGUUCUUCAAUCACGGCGAGGUCAGAAAGACCGAGUGGAGAAAUGUUGAGAACAACACACGAGGACCCUACGAGCUCAGUGUCAAGGAGAACGGUUGCAUCAUCUUUCUUUCUGGUCUCGAGGAUGGUACUCUUCUAGUCUGCAGUAAGCAUUCGACUGGUGGUCGAGGCGAUCAAGAUGUCAGUCACGCAGAGGCCGGUGAGAAGUGGGUCGAUAGACACCUUGCUUCUGUUGGAAAAUCAAAAAAGGAUCUGGCUGCCAAGCUACGUGCCAUGAAUGCAACUGCUGUUGCUGAGCUGUGUGACGAUGAGUUCGAAGAGCACGUCCUGGCAUACAACCCGGAAACUGCUGGUCUCUAUCUUCACGGAAUCAAUCUCAAUCUUCCCGAGUUCGUCACAUAUCCCCAUCACCUUGUCGACAGGUUCGCAUCCGAAUGGGGAUUUAAGCAUACAAUGUUCAUCACAGAGAACGAAAUCACCAAGGUCAAGUCUUUCCUGGACAAGGUUGCAGAGACUGGAAGCUAUCACGGCAGAGAGACCGAGGGCUUCGUCAUCAGAUGCCAGGCCCGGGAGACCCCCGAUACACCAUACGAGGACUGGUUCUUCAAGUACAAGUUCGAGGAACCUUACCUCAUGUACAGACAGUGGAGAGAGUGCACAAAAGCCAUCAUCGCCCAAAGGCAGCCUAAAUACAAGAAGCACAAGGAAAUCACUGAAGAAUAUCUUCACUAUGCUCGCAAACGACUAAAGGAGGAUCCAAACCUUGGAAAGGAGUACAACCAGAACCAUGGCAUCAUUAAGCUUAGAGACGACUUUUUGGCGGAACGUGGGCUGAAAGGCUCCGACAUAAUCCGUCAGGAGUUGGAGAUGGGCGAUCAGCAUGGCAUGGGCAUUGAUCGAAAUGUUGUGCUCGUUCCUGUUGCUACCAUCGGUUGUGGCAAGACCACUGUCGCUCUCGCACUCUGCAAGCUCUUCGGAUGGGGUCAUAUCCAGAACGACAACAUCACUCAGAAGCCAAAGACACUGAGAUUUGCACAGGCAAUCUGUGACGGUCUUCUCGAUUACCCAGUCAUGAUUGCUGACAGAAACAACCACCAGCGUCGCGAAAGAAAGCAGAUCAUCGACGAUGUGUCAAGCACUGUUCCUAGAGCCCACUUCGUUGCUCUCCACUACGUCCACGACCGUGCCAACUACGAUCAGAUCAAGCAGGCUACGCGAGAACGCGUUUUGAACAGAGGAGACAACCAUCAAACCAUUCAGGCUGGUUCCAAGGGACAGCACGAGAUUAUCGGCAUCAUGGACGGCUUCAUGCAACGUUUCGAGCCAGUCAACGUUGACCGUGAACCUGAUAGCUUUUUCGAGCAUGUCAUCGAUCUAGAUGUGUCGGCCUCGUCGCGCGAGAAUCUGGAAACUAUUGUUUCUCAACUCAAUGCAGAAUUCCCCAAGCUCUUCGGUACGAUGCCUUCUGGCGAGGAUCUUGACAAGGCGAUCGAGGCAGCUCUCAACGACUACAAGCCUGACAUCAAGCACGAGAUCGGUGGAAGCAACAAAUACAAGAACAAGGCACUUCAGCAAAACGGAACCAACGGACAAGCAAAGCAGAAGCCCCCAAAACUUGAGUACUUCAGCGCAACACUGGAUCCCAAGCGUGUGAUGAGCAUUCUUGAUGCAGUCUUCCGUGACGCCGAUCUCGACACCACAAAGACAUAUCGCGUGUUACAGUCACAGAACCGUGUCCAAUCCGAAUUCCAUGUCACAUUGAUGCACCGUGCUUCCGCUACUCAGCACAAGGAUUACUGGGAGCAGCUUACCGAGGCCCACACAACUGCCGCAAGCAAGCCUAAUGCCGCACCUGAACCAGUUCUCGGCAGCUGCAAAGUGUUGCUUGAGCGUCUCGUCUGGGACGGCAGACUGAUGUGUUUUGUUGUCCGCUUGAUACCCGAUGAGAAAGACCAGAGCGGUAUGCAAUGGCGUAGUGUCAACGAGACCGCUCACAUCACAGUGGGCACUGUUAGUCCGGAUGUUAAGCCCAAGGAAAGCAAUGAUUUGCUGAAGAGAUGGCUGCAGACUGGAAGUGGUGGUAGCACUGGUAUUGGUGAGAUCACUGUCAAGGGCCAUGUCGAGUUGCCUGCUACUGUUAAGAGUGUUUUGCAGAAGCAUUGA